CCUCGUGUUUAACAUUGAGUUACUGCAUUAAGAUGUACUUUAAUCUUAGUCUGUAAACUUCACUGAAUGGAUCAUUGUAUGUAAGUGGUGAGGCCAUUGAAGGCAUCUACAUACCUUAGUGAUGUAGCCAUUGUAGGUCCGUUAACGCAGCAUUUUGACUGAAAUAUACUUAACUUAGUCCUCUUCAUCUUCUACCGCUGGAGUGUCUUUUGCCACAGUCCGUGCCCUGUCCCAUGAGACCCAUCUACUCCAGCACAGCCACCACUGUCCAUCAAUAUGUGUCCAAGCCAUCAGAUCCUGAACGUCUUGAUUUCAAGGGCAAUGUUCCUACGGCCAAUCUUCUUAUACAUGUUCCAUUAGAGAUCAUAUUUUGUCAGUGCAAACCAUUGUGUGAAAUAUACCACUUCAUAAUUUAAAUAUCACAAUACUCAACUUCAAAUUGUUUGAGGCACAGGAGUGCGUCUUGUGAUUUCUGGGCUGGAACAAAAGCCUGUGCACUCCAUGGCCCUCUAAGUAAUGUCAGGAUCAAUGACUUAGCCAGCUAACUGAGAAAGAUUGAUUUGAAAUGUAAACAGUGCCGACUCAAUAUUCUAUCAUUUACUUGAGUUUUUUUGAUAAACCGGAAAACAAACCACUAUCUGAAAGUUUGCUAGUUACCUGGCUAACUUAUUGAUUCUGCUUUGUGACAUACACUGUAGGACUAGGUUGGCCACGCCUUCCUUCACUUAGCCAACACCUGGUGCGACAAAUCAACAGAAAUCAAUUAGUAUGCAAUUAAAUUCAGGUGUGCAAACAUUGUAUCUACUGAACUUUUUUCACUGGGAAACUAAAAUCAAAUGUUGAUACUUAGUCUAGCCGUUGAUACUUAGUCUAGCCGUUGAUACUUAGUCUGAGUGUCCACAGGUGCAUUUAAUUGCCUCCUUUCACAGGUUAAUCUAACUGGGCUAAAUAGAAUUUAAUCCAACUGCAAAGGCAAUCCCCCAUGAAUGUAAUCAUAGGAGAAAGAACCAAAUUCCCUUGGGUUUGACAAGUCAAUUCAGGCCCAUGAUGUCAGAGGGGGGGGGUCACAUGGAGCUAAUCUUACUUAAUUGUGUCAAAUGCUCAAUUAGGUUCUGGGGGGGGGGAAUUCCUGAAAAAAUAUUAGAGAGACAAGUAAAGUCUCCCUCCUAAACGGAAAUUCUUUACAUGGAGCAAAUGCGUCGCAUUACAUUUUCAACUGCAGGUCAAGCAUGGAUGUUGCUGUCGCAGAGGAACCUUUGAGGAAAAUCUUCAGAGCAAAAAAGACUAUGAAAGUCAGCGAUCGACAGCAACUGGAAUCCCUUCACACCACGCUUUCCUCUCCAUGUUCUUUCCCAUCCCCACCUCAGCCAGCAAUUGUAAAUGGGAAGCACUGUGAAGAUGUGUCUAUGGAAGUAGAUAAAGAAAUACAUGGAACUACACAUACCACCACUCAUGCCCUUUCCUCCCUGACAGCCACAUCCCUGACCUCUGAGGAAUCAACGGCCUCUGAAUUACUGGUUUCUUCAUCACAGAACAUACACUCUGAUGUAAAAGAUGUUGAGGAAGAAGGAGAGGGGGACAAGGAGUCUACAUUACCCAGCCUCGAGGUAGAAGACAAAAUGAAUGGACUGAUGAAGGGGGAUAGAAAUUACAAAGGGGAUGUUAUCGUUUCCUCUCCUGUGAGUUCAGAGAAAACAGAAGCAGUAAGAGAGAGACAGGUUGAUGGUAUGGAAGUAGACCUGGUACCAGGUACCACUCAGGACACAGUGCCCAUAUUGAACCCUGCUGCCUCCCUCCUGCUGUCCUCCAACACGGCUGUAGAGUCUGUCUCUUCCCCUUCCCUCUCCCCGUCAUACACGGCAGAGUCAGACCAGGAGGUCAGGCCAGGAUUCCUGGUGCUUAGUGAAGAUGAGGAUGUCCAGGAUGAGAGUGACGAGGAAAAAGAUGAGAAAGAGGAGGAACAGGAACAGAGGGAAAGUGAAGGAGGGGUAGAAAAAGUUGAGGUUAACAUGAAGAAGCCAGAACAAUUUGAAAGUGGUGCUCCAGUUGACUCUCCGUCCCCUUCAUCACCAACACCCCUUCAGAUUGAUGAAGAAGAGGAGGGUGCUGCUCUACAGAAGAAACGAUCCUUGUCUGGAGACUCAGAGGAUGGUGGUGAAAAACAGGGAGAAAGAGACUUGGAAGUGGUGGAGAGGCAUAACAAGAGGCCCAGAGUAGACUGUGAAGAGCUGGAGGCUCAUGUGGAGCUGAAGAUCAGUGGGAGCGCUGAAAGGCAACACAAGCUAAAGAAGGUGGUGCAGCAGCUUGUUGAGGAGAAGUUGCGUGUUCUGCAGCUCACACUAUUUGACAAGAGUCUUCAGGGGCUCAGAGACAGACUGGACAAAAUAGAAAAACACCCGAGUGCACUCAAGAGCCUGCAGGCAAAGAUUGCCCAACUUUCUAAGAAAGUUGGAACUGCCAACCAGGCCAGGGAGAAUGCCAAGAAACCUCCAGAGGUACUGUUGCCACCUACCUCUACUUAUGCCACAGCAACCACCCCAGCAGAAUCAGCAAUUCUCGGCCUGAGAACAAUGGGGAACAACACACCGGAUCCAAAGCGUAAUGAUCAGGGCAGUCAAACCCCUGCUCCUUCACGUAAUGAUCAGGGCAGUCAAACCCCUGCUCCUUCACGUAAUGAUCAGGGCAGUCAAACCCCUGCUCCUGUACCUACAGCCUCCUUGCUACCUUCCCCCUCUUCCACAGCCUCAGCCGGAUCUCAACCCACAUCCCAAACCUUGAUGCUGAGCACCUGUGUUACCCCAACACCAGGCCCGUCCACCUUCCCUCUCCAGUCAUUCCUCAUACAGCUGCCUGGUGGAGGGACAGCCAUCCUUACCAACCCAACCAACUCCCAGCUAAUCCCAGUGUGUGCACUUCCUGCCAUGACGAGUUCCACUGUGACACCCACCACUGCCUUCCUCCUGCAGAGGACUACUCCCUACACCCCUGCUGCUACUAAGCCCCCCUCUGCAUCUGCCCUCUUAUCUCAUUUCGCUGCCACACCCACAACCAUGACUACACCCACUGACACACCAGCUGCCACAACGUCCCACAUGACCACACCCAUAACCAGGGCCACAACCAUAACCACACCCACAUGCAGGGCCACAACCACACCCUGGGCCACAACCAGGGCCACAACCACACCCUGGGCCACAACCAUAACCACACCCACAUCCAGGCCUUCAACCACACCCUGGGCCACAACCAUAACCACACCCACAUCCAGGCCCUCAACCACACCCAGGGCCACAACCAUAACCACACCCAGGGCCACACCCAGGGCCACAACCAUAACCACACCCAGGGCCACAACCAUAACCACACCCAGGGCCACAACCAUAACCACACCCAGGGCCACAACCAUAACCACACCCAGGGCCACAACCAUUACCACACCCAGGGCCACAACCAUUACCACACCCAGGGCCACAACCAUUACCACACCCAGGGCCACACCCAAUGUCUCCCACCCUGGAGCCACUGGGACAGUCAGCAGGCCCAGCUCCGGUGUGUCUGUCUCCGUCUGUGAGUCCAUUCGUCUUGUGUCUGUGGCGAACUCCACUUCAACUUCAUCCUUACCAAGAUUCUCAAUGCCAGCCACCACAGGCACUCAACCCUCUGUGCGACCAGCUGCUCCAGUGCAUCCAGCUGCCCCAGCGCAACUAGCUGCCCCUGUACCACAGGUGCCUGCGAAAACAGGUAGUGAAUCUACAAACCCUCCUUCAGACUCCACACAGGCAUCUCACCCUGCCAAAUCAGAAGCAUUCAUAGACCUGACAGAGGAGGAGGAGGAGGAUGAUGAUGUUCUAGUUACUGGAGUGCUGAAGGCUCCGAUGGCUUUGAAGGCCUUGCCUUCAACAGCGGGUCAGCGAACAACAGCCACACAGCAAACCGCCACCUCCACUUCAGUCGGAACACAGGCCGUGAGGUCAUCUCUUGGUCAGACUUCAGCUGUUGGAUCUCCGCACGCUGUUUAUCAUCGCCCCCUGCAGGGCUCCCCAUCUAAAAGUGAUGCCUCAGCAACAUCCACUUCUUCAUCUUCCACACCUUGCCCUGAGCCCUCUCCCCUUCCCCCCUUGCCUGUCCCACCUCAAACUAUCAGCCUGCCCCUAGAAGCGGCCAGCACCAGCCCUCCACAGCAGCCUCUGCUCAAAAUAACCCGGGUUCCGAGCCAGAAUGACGGCAUCGUGCUCUCCUGGUCUGUGACUGAGGUAGACAGGAGCUGCGCUGCCGUGGACAGCUACCACCUAUACGCCUACCACCAGGACCACUCUGGCCCCAGCACACCCCCCCUACUCUGGAAGAAGAUAGGGGAGGUGAAGGCCUUGGCUUUGCCCAUGGCCUGUACACUCACACAGUUUGUCUCUGGCUCCAAGUACUACUUUGCAGUCCGUGCCAGGGACAUGUAUGGCCGCUUUGGACCAUUCUGUGAGCCUCAGUGCACUGACGUCUUAACGUCCCCUUCAUCGAAAGCUCCAAUUUAACCACACACUAAGAUUUAAGUUCAAAUGUAAAAUUUGUUGUCAAGUUAAAACGAGUAAUGUUGACUCUGUAGAUUUUUUUCUUCUUUUCUUCUGGUUACUAAGCUAGCCAAAGUGAAAAGUUCAGUAAAGCUUCUGGCAAAACUAAUUGCUUUAUUUUCAAAUGAAUGUGUUUGGUAUUUGUUUUAUCAGAAUUGUGCACUCAAAUCAUAUUUGAGCCCAGGUGUUUACAAGAGUGACUUAUCAUUGGAAUGUUACUGGAAAAUGUUGUUGCCCAUCUUGGUGAAAUCGGUUGGCCACAUGUGACCACUGUCUGCCUGCCGUGUGUUUGACCACAUGGGAGCAGCAUUGUACCAAAAUGGAUUCUUUGACACAGGACGAGAGGAUUUGAAAAUCAAACCUGAAAUGGCCUGGUCCCAUUUCUGAACGAUUAUGGACACAGUAUUCUUUUCCUUCUAGUUUCCUGAAUGUAUUUGAAAACUCAAAUUUCAUUGCAGUUGUCAGUCUAACUGAAAGAACAUACUAUGAAGGGCAGAAUGACCAUGUUAUUAUAUGGUAAUACACAGUAGUUUUACGUCUCAUGAGAAAUGAACCUGCUAAAGCCUAUGCGAUCUCUUUUCCUCCUGCUCAAUUUCUGCCACUGUGAAGGACAAGUUCUACAGUUAAAUUAUACAUGAUCUAGGGCCUCCUGUGUAUGUGUGCACAUCCUGUGCCUUUUUUUUUAAUGGAUGUAAUUCAAUUUUUUUUUUUUACCUUUUUAAUUUGGCAUGAGCAGAACCAGUCGUGAUGUUUUCAUAUUGUCAAACAAAUAACAUGAAAAAGUAGGCUACCUGCGCGUGUUCGUCUAGUCCAAAAUAACUCCAGCAUCCAAACAUUUGAUGAAUGGAAAGAGACAUCCGUUACGAAACACCAAAAAGUCUAAUGACAUUCUGUGAUUUUCAUUAGGUCUACACUUUUGUAGCCUGAAUUUAUUGAUCCGUCUUUGACAAAAGGACCUUUUUUGUAAAAAGAAAAGUUGGGAUGCCUGAAAAGGGGCUGAGAGAUGGGACUGUCCCGGGAUGACAAGUGCAGCCACGUGGAUAUAUAUUUUAAACCAUGACCGUGGGGGGUGUUCGUUUAAUUUGGAAUACGCUUUUAUUUUAAUAUUUACCUCUGUAGUAGUACAAAUUGCAUUUGAAAGAAAUAGUAGAAUUGUUUAAUUAGUAUUAUUUAGAGACCCUGCCCCCCACCCCAAAGUUUGACUUUGUUGCUUUUAGUGGGACUCAUGUCUCAUUCAGGGGGUUUGAGACCCCCCUGGGCCCCAUGUAAUUCACACUGCUGAUCGUUUUAUGCUCUGUCUGAUAGGGACAUGUAAAGUCUUAAUGGCUGGUUAGAAACAUGUAAAUAAAUGCAUUGGACCUGACAACAGAUUGACCGAAAGGUUAAGUACGAAGAAAUAUUCAGACUAUUGUAAUUUUUCAUUAAAAUGUUUGUAAACUUUA